AUGCCUGGAGCCAGACACAAAAUCCUGGGGCACGUCCUCUCAGGAUUUUGUCAUAAGAUGAAUCGACGGAAGCCUAUUUAUGGAGACGUUUUGGACACGCCACUUAAUCGUUGUCUAACAACUUUUGAUAUAACAUUACUUGGGGUCGGUCAUAUGGUUGGAGCUGGAAUUUAUGUUUUAACGGGAACUGUUGCUCGUCAUAUGGCUGGACCAGCCACAGCUCUUAGUUUUCUACUAGCUGGAAUUACGUCUACACUAGCUGCGUUAUGCUAUGCCGAAUUCGGCACAAGAAUACCCAGAGCAGGCAGCGCUUACGCAUACACCUAUGUUAGCAUUGGCGAGUUUUGGGCGUUUAUAAUUGGUUGGAAUAUUGUGCUUGAAUACAUGAUAGGUGCUGCGUCAGUUGCUCGUGCUUGGUCGGGAUAUCUAGAUGCAAUAUUAGACGGCGCAAUAAGCAAUGCCACGAUUUCUGUCACAGGGGAGUUGCACGAAACACUCCUAAGUAGAUACCCAGACGUGCUAGCGUUUCUUAUAUGCAUAGUAGCAUCGUUAAUUCUAGCCGUGGGCGUGAAAACUUCCGCAUAUAUAAACAAUGGCCUCACCAUUUUGAAUCUUACCGUCAUUUCACUGGUUAUAUUUUUAGGUUUUUAUUACGCAGAUAUUGCCAAUUGGUCUGAGAAGAAUGGAGGUUUUAUGCCAUAUGGAUUUAGCGGAGUGUUAGCUGGUGCGGCUACCUGUUUUUAUGCUUUCGUAGGUUUUGACAGUAUAUCUGCUUCUAGUGAGGAAGCUAAGGACCCAUCGCGUUCGAUUCCCAUUGCCACUAUAUUGUCCAUGGUAAUGGUAGGACUUGGUUAUAUCCUGGUAGCGAUAGCUUUAACGCUGAUGGUCCCAUAUAGUACUAUUAAUCCGGAAGCAGCAUUGCCUGCAGCAUUGGGUGCGGUUCAUGCUGAUUGGGCAAAGUAUGCUGUAGCUGUGGGUGCAGUAUGCGGAAUGACAACAACUCUUUUAGGAUCAUUGUUCUCAUUGCCCCGUUGCUUAUAUGCAAUGUCAGCCGAUGGACUCUUGUUCGGAUUUCUCAGCGAUGUUAAUAAUAAAUCACAAAUACCUAUAUCGAACCUCGUCAUAGCAGGCUUCUCAUCUGCAUUCAUAGCUCUUUUGUUCGAUCUCGAGAAACUUGUGGAAUUUAUGUCCAUCGGGACGUUAUUGGCGUACACGAUAGUCAGUGCAGCGGUUAUAAUAUUGCGAUAUAGACCUAUUCCUCCUGAGGAAAAAAGUUUCGGCGUGCCGCAAUUGGACUCGCCUAUUGAUAGAGAAGACAGCUCCGCUACUGGGACUCCAGCAACUGAUGGCGGAUCAUCCUCUUCAGAGAUGUUUGAGGCGCUAACAGUGGGUCGGGUUCGCGCCCAAUACGCUUGGCUUGAACCGCUGGCCGGCGGGCGAGCACCCGGGGCUGCGGUGACGUCUUGUGUAUACGUGUUCACUGUCGCGACCGCGGCUCUCUGCGCACACAACCAUUUCCUAGCACCCAACGCUGGACCCUGGGCCCUACUACCGGAUUUCGUGCUCACGUUUAUUAUUAUUGCUUGUCUGUUUAUUAUCUGGGCUCAUCAACAAAGUCCCCUGCGUCUACCGUUCCGCGUCCCCUGGGUGCCGCUACUGCCGGCGGCCAGCGUCAUGCUCAAUGUCGAGCUUAUGGUCAACUUGAACGCGCUAACAUGGGCACGAUUCACUAUUUGGAUGACAUUUGGUUUGCUCCUGUAUUUCCUAUACGGCAUACAUCACAGCAAACUCGGCGAAGGUGUCACAGGUUUGUUAUCACGAUCUGGCAGCGGUGCAGCUCACAGUUGGGGCGCAGUCGAUAAAACCUCUUCGCUAGCAAGACGAGUAGGACGCCUGGGACGUGGCAGUAAGAGCGACGACCGCAAGCCUAUAAUAAGCGACGACGAACUAAACAGACGCGAACAGUGA